ACCACGUUUGAUUAAAUCAUCCGAGCAGAUUAUCUAUAAAUAUGGUAAAAUCAAUGAUGAACGUGACGUUGUUGUUUCAUUCGUUGUCGAAAAAUUGCAGCUUUUGAGGUCAGUCAUUCUCACAGGCCUGGUUGAGGCAAUACGUGCGUGUAUCAUGUGACGCAAUCGCCAAUCCACUUUGCAUUAUUAUUGGUUGCCAAUCCGUUACGGUUGUAUGACGAUGUUCUUCUUCCGAUUACACCAGAUUGCUGCUGGAUUCAGCGUUUGAUUUGUGUGUCGUUCUUCUCCGGAAUCGGAUUGGCGCAUAUUGUUGUGACUGAGGAUUUGCUAAGAUGUCUGCGCUUGCAACGGAUGCAUCGCAGAACGGUGGGAUUAAGAAUGUCGGAUCAUCAAACAGUGUGCAGGAAUUGGAGGAGUAUGAUUUCUCGAGGCUGACGACACGGCCGAGGAAUUUGAACUUGGAGAGACAGAGAUCAUUCGAUGAAAGGUCGCUUGCUGAUAUGCCGAUGAUGCUGUCUCCAAUUCCGUCUUCCAGAGCAGAUAGCAGCUGCCGAGCUUUCGACAAUGCCUAUAAUGCAUUUUCGCCAAGCAGGAGGUCUGGAAUCAACACUCCGACUUCGCAGUUUGGCUAUGGCGCAUGCUUUGAGCCACACCCCAUGGUAUUCGAAGCUUGGGACAACUUGCGGCGAACAUUGGUAACCUUCCGAGGCCAACCUGUCGGAACCAUUGCUGCAUUGGAUAACUCCGAAGAGAAGCUCAACUACGAUCAGGUGUUUGUUAGGGAUUUUGUUCCGAGCGGAUUGGCGUUUCUGAUGAACGGGGAGCCGGAAAUUGUGAAGAACUUUCUGCUGAAGACGCUACGGCUCCAAUCGUGGGAGAAAAAGAUCGAUCGGUUCCAGCUGGGGGAGGGCGUUAUGCCGGCGAGUUUCAAAGUGCUGCACGAUCCAGUCAGGAAUACGGAGACUUUAGUAGCCGAUUUUGGCGAGAGCGCCAUCGGUAGAGUGGCGCCCGUUGAUUCUGGCUUCUGGUGGAUCAUCCUACUACGAGCAUACACGAAGUCCACUGGAGACAAUUCCCUGGCGGAGAUGCCUGAAUGCCAGAAGGGCAUUCGUCUCGUGCUCAGCUUAUGCCUGUCGGAAGGAUUCGACACGUUCCCAACGCUGCUUUGUGCUGAUGGCUGCUGCAUGAUUGAUCGUAGAAUGGGUGUUUAUGGGUACCCGAUCGAGAUACAGGCUCUGUUCUUCAUGGCUCUGCGAUGCGCGAUGCGCCUGCUAAAGCAAGAUGGCCCGGGAAAGGAGUUUAUCGAGAGGAUUGUGAAGCGACUGACCGCGUUGAGCUACCAUAUGAGGAGUUACUUCUGGCUCGACUUCAAGCAGCUGAACGAUAUAUACCGGUACAGGACGGAGGAGUACUCGCACACAGCGGUGAACAAGUUCAACAUCAUGCCUGAUUCCCUGCCUGAUUGGGUGUUCGAUUUUAUGCCGACACAGGGAGGGUAUUUUGUGGGUAACGUAGGGCCUUCAAAGAUGGAUUUCCGUUGGUUUUGCUUAGGCAACUGCAUCGCGAUCCUUUCAUCCUUAGCUACGGAGGAGCAGUCGACUGCUAUAAUGGAUCUUAUCGAGGCGCGGUGGGCAGAGCUGGUCGGCGAUAUGCCACUCAAGGUGUGUUAUCCGGCUCUCGAGAAUCACGAAUGGAGAAUCGUCACCGGCUGCGAUCCUAAAAACACUCGAUGGAGUUACCACAACGGCGGAUCAUGGCCAGUGCUUCUAUGGCUGCUGACAGCGGCGUGCAUCAAGACGGGGCGUCCACAGAUGGCGCGGCGCGCAAUCGAGCACGCUGAAUCGAGGCUGCUGAAAGACGGGUGGCCAGAAUACUACGACGGGAAGCAGGGGAGGUAUGUGGGGAAGCAAGCUCGGAAACACCAGACGUGGUCGAUCGCCGGGUAUCUCGUGGCGAAAAUGCUGCUUGAAGAUCCUUCACAUUUGGGGAUGAUCUCUCUGGAAGAAGAAAAGCAGCAGAAGCCUGUGUUGAGAAGAUCAUCCACAUGGACUCAGCUCUAA